GCUUCUUCUAUUAUCAAAUCUCUUGUUGUUAGUGAUCUCUUUUAAGAACACAAAAAUCAAUCAACAACAAAAUGUCCAUAACAACCCUAGUGUCAACUUGUCUCUGGUUCUUGGUGGUGGUGCCUAGCCUCACAGGCGCAAACGAGGUCAACGUAAAUUGCCUGAGGAGUAUAAAAUCUCAAGUUCAAGAUCCCAAGGGAUCUUUAUCAAGUUGGGCAUUUCGCAAAGGGACUGCAAGUUAUGUAUGCAGAUUUAUUGGUGUGGAGUGCUGGGAUGUGGAUAGGGUUUUGAGCAUUGACCUUUCUGGUUUUGGUCUCCAAGGAGAGUUUCCUCUUGGGUUAAAUGAAUGUUCUUCUUUGACAGGUCUAGAUCUUUCUAGAAACAACUUCUCUGGAUCUCUACCAUCUAAUAUAGCCUCCUUGAUUCCAUUUGUUACAACUCUCGACCUUUCUUACAAUCAAUUCUCUGGUGAAAUACCAGCAGGUUUAUCAGAUGUUACCUAUCUGAACACUCUUAUGCUUCAGCAUAACCACUUCACUGGUCAGAUUCCUCCCGAGAUAGCGUCGCUUAAGCGGCUCAAACAGUUCUCAGUGGCAGAGAAUCAACUGACCGGUCCUGUCCCAGAAUUCAACGAAGCCUUGGGAAUUGGAGUGGAGAGUUUUGCUAAUAACACAGACUUGUGUGGUUGGCCUAUGGAUUAUUGCAUUGAGCAGGAAGAAAAAGUGAGCCGGUUUGGGAAGAUGGGUGCAGCAAUUGGUGCGGCUGUAUUUGCACCAGUAGGUGCCUUCUUAGGCUGGUUCUUCUUCAAUGGUAGGAAGGAGAACCAAUGAGACAUAGGACUCUUAAGCUGAAUUUUUUGUACAUUUGGGAUUAAAACACGAUCCGUUCAGGAGAUCCGUGGAACCAGCUGGUCAGAGACAAAGACCUUCCCAACAGUCUUAAGUUAAUAUCUAAAUAUUGUUGUUUAUUCAAUCUGAGCACCUUGUAUGUGUUCAAAGAAUUUCUCCUUUUUCAUUUUUAAUUUCUUGUUUUCUUCCGAACUGAUCGUCUUGGAAUGUUAGUGUAUUCAGCUUAAUUAUGUAAUCUUUUCGUUUCUAUUGCGCAUCGCCC